CGGGAUUCCAAAUAGGUAUAUAUAAAUGGAUGCACCAGUAUGUGCGUAGAUCCAUAUUAAAAUUUUAAACAUUAGCAAAUAGACUCUAAAAGUUACAUGCUGCAAGUGUAAUUUUGGUAACAUUAUGAUGAGCCUUCAAACUUUAAUAUUUCUCAUUCUUUUCAACUUCUAUUGUAUACAAUCUACUCCCUAUUUUUCAUAUUUACAUGAUAAAAGAACAGACAGACCGAGAAAAUAUUGUGGCUUGCAUUUGAGAACGACUAUGUCAAUUGUUUGUAAUGGCAUCUAUGUAGAGAAAAGAACACUAAACGAUUUAUUUGAUUAUGAAAAUCAAAUUGACAACGACAUGAAUACUGAUGAAAUUAAUAAUAUUUACCCAUUCAUGUAUAAGGCAUCUAGUCUCUCUCUUUUACCCAAGAAAAGAGAACCCAGUAGUGGAAUAAAUGAGGAGUGUUGCGAAAAACCAUGUACAAAAUCAUUCAUGAAAGAAAACUAUUGUGGUUAAACGAAAUGGGUAAGAAUUGAAGAUAUUUUAAAUAUUGAUCUUUGAUUGAAAAGAAAUAAAAACGUUCUGUGGAAAAA